GGGCUGUGCGUCCCAGUCGCUCCGCACUCUCCAAACACAACCACAGUCUCGCCACGUUCAAUUCAAUGAAGAUCUAACGAGCAACAACACAGACAGAAAAAAAAAAAAUACCCAGAGAAUAUACCACACACACGCCCCAUGUGCGUGCUUUUCGCCCCAUCUCCCCGACGUCGGUGACGGACAAACUCGAGGGGUGGACAAAAAAAAAAAAAAAAAAACGACACAAGAGCGACCAAACGGGAGACCAAAAAAAAGAAGAAGAGAAAAGAAUCAGAGGACGGGAUUUCUUUCCUUUAUUUCUCCGGGACUCGACUGCCAUUACUGGAUGUAAAAAAAUCAUAAUAGAAAAAGAAGAAGACAGAAAAAAAAACUCUCUUUACGCAGACAGAUAAACCGGAGAGUUUCCAAACUGACCGCAGAAAUGGUGAUAAGGCUGUGAAUACCCUGCAUCUGAGAAAUCAGACCAGACUGACUCACAGGGCUCUGUGAGCCAGUGCCACCGAGGCUGCCAAAGCAUGCUGGUGCCAAGCUGUCCCACCAUGCACAGAGCCAGACCCACGCUGCUGCUGCCGCUGCUGCUUGUCCUGGGUCUGCUACUCCACCUCGCCGACGCUCAAACACCACCAAAGUUUUUAAGAACCCCCAAUGACCAAACAGGCGUGCAAGGAGGUGUGGCAUCCUUUAUCUGCCAAGCUACAGGAGAUCCACGGCCGAAGAUUGUGUGGAACAAGAAGGGGAAGAAAGUCAGCAACCAGAGAUUUGAGGUGAUUGAGUUCGAUGACGGCUCUGGUUCAGUGCUAAGAAUUCAGCCAUUGCGCACGCCCCGAGACGAAGCCAUAUAUGAAUGCGUCGCCUCCAACAGUGUUGGAGAGACGAGCGCUACCACCAGACUCACUGUUUUACGUGAGGACCAGCUGCCCCCUGGUUUCCCCACCAUAGACAUGGGCCCACAGUUGAAAGUGGUGGAGCGAACACGCACUGCCACCAUGCUCUGUGCUGCCAGCGGCAACCCCGACCCAGACAUCUCCUGGUUCAAAGACUUCCUCCCCGUCAACACCACCAACAACAAUGGACGCAUUAAGCAGCUCAGAUCAGGAGCCCUCCAGAUAGAGCAGAGCGAAGAGUCCGACCAGGGGAAGUACGAGUGCGUGGCCACCAACAACGAUGGAACCCGCUACUCUGCGCCGGCCAACCUUUAUGUCAGAGUGCGCCGGGUGCCACCGCGAUUCUCCAUUCCACCUACAGACAAUGAGAUCAUGCCGGGCGGCAGCGUCAAUAUCACAUGUGUGGCAGUGGGUUCUCCCAUGCCAUAUGUCAAGUGGAUGCUGGGUGCUGAGGAUCUUACGCCAGAGGACGACAUGCCCAUUGGACGGAACGUCUUGGAGCUCACUGACGUCCGGCAAUCGGCCAACUACACCUGUGUGGCCAUGUCAACACUCGGGGUGAUAGAGGCUGUGGCUCAGAUAACGGUGAAGGCGUUGCCCAAGGCUCCCGGCAUCCCUGUCGUGACGGAGCGCACCGCCACCAGCAUAACGCUGACUUGGGACUCUGGCAAUCCCGAACCGGUGUCCUACUACAUCAUCCAGCACAAGUCCAAAUACUCGGAGGACCUGUACAAGGAGAUUGAUGGCGUGGCCACCACGAGGUACAGCGUGGGAGGCCUCAGCCCCUACUCUGACUACGAGUUCCGAGUGGUGGCGGUGAACAACAUCGGGCGAGGGCCACCCAGCGAGAGCAUCGAGGCCAAAACAGCCGAGCAGGCGCCCAGCACGGCACCGAGGCAGGUCCGAGGUCACAUGAUGAGCGCCACCACAGCUGUGAUCCAGUGGGACGAGCCCGAGGAGGCCAACGGGCAGAUCAUGGGCUACCGGGUCUACUACACCAUGGACUCGGCCCAGCACGUCAACCUCUGGGAGAAGCAGAUUGUCCGGGGGUCGAACUUUGUCACCAUCCAGGGCCUCAUCCCAAACAAGACCUACUACAUCAAGGUUCUGGCCUACACCUCCGUAGGCGACGGACCUCUGUCCCCAGACCUUCAAAUCAUCGCCAAGACAGGAGUUCCCUCCCAACCAACCGACUUCAAAGGAGAAGCCAAGUCAGAAACCAGCAUUUUACUGUCAUGGGUUGCCCCGGCGCAGACGGGACAAGAAAAUCAAGUCACCGGAUACGAACUCAUGUACAGAAAGAGAGACGACAAAGACGAGAAACGAAUCAGCUUCGAGCCGACAACCACAUACCUGCUGAAGGACUUGAAGCCCUUCACUACUUAUACUUUUCGGCUGGCUGCUCGUAGUAAACACGGAGUCGGAGCUUACACCAGCGAGAUCUCUGCAGAGACUCCACAGACACAACCCUCGGGCCCGCCUCAAGACGUCAAGUGCUAUAGCCCCAGCUCCACCAACAUCCUGGUAAGUUGGCGGGCGCCCCCAGUGGAAUUACAAAACGGGAUCAUAACGCAAUACACCAUCCAGUACGCCGCGACCGAAGGGGAGGACACUGCCGCUCGCCAAAUCUCCAGCGUCCCUCCGGAAAGCUCCGAGUACCUUCUGGAAAACUUGGAAAAAUGGACAGAGUACCGCGUGACGGUCACUGCUCAUACAGAUGUUGGAGCAGGACCGGAGAGCCUGCCACAGCUCAUCCGCACAGAGGAGGAUG